UGAGCAGGACCUGGGAAAUUACCAUUACUUUGGAACUGUGCAGGUCGCUCUUCGGACUUGUUGCAGGGAGCCCAUUCUGGACCGAACACCGGCACGGAUAGUCAAAUGUUGACUGCGCUACUAAGACGGUGAAUUUCGACGCAUACAGUUAUUUUGCAAGUGCCGGACUAUAGCAAUUCAUUUUUGAAGACGGAAAAGGGAUUUGGGAUUCUCGCAACACCUGAAUAUAAUUUUUUCCCACAAUCAAUAUGGAACUUAAAGUGUCAGUGGAUGGUGUCCAGCGGAUUGUCUGUGGUGUAACAGAAAAAACCACAUGCCAGGAAGUGGUCAUCGCUUUGGCCCAAGCCUUGGGUCGCACGGGCCGCUACACGCUGAAGGAGAAGUUCAAGGAGUUUGAGCGCAAUGUGACGCCUGAGGAACGGCUCCUGGAGUCCCUGGGGAAGUACGGACAGCAGUGCCGAGAGGUACAGCUCACGCUGCUGCACAACGGGCCGUCUCUGGGGGGCGGGGGGGCGGACGGACCGCAGGGGGGCAGUCAGCAGGCCUGCGCUCCGCUGAGGAGGGUGGACGCUGGGGUCAGAGGGCGCAGGGGAAGCUGCGGCCUGCACCGUCAGAGCCUGCCCCCUCUCUCCCGCCUGCACCUCCACGUGGACUCCCCCCAGCUAGCUGAAGCCAAGAAGCCCAAGAGGAAGUCCCUGACGCUGGUGGAGGAGGCUUUCGGUUGGCUGGAGAAUCUGAGCAGGUCUGGGAGGCAACAGAGGGGACGGGAAAGAGAGAAAAGCAAGGAGCCUGAGAGGACGAAGGGCCGGGCUUCUCCUAACCUUUCUGCCCCCGCCUCUGUGGAUUGCACCUCCCCAGCAGAUUCGCAGGGGACGGGAUGCCACAGAAAGGGGGCAGUCACUGUACACCAGCAAAGGACAAGCAUUCCGAGUGACCCCAGCAGUUGCAAAGACAGGGAUGGGGUCCGCGAUGACGCGGAACGGGACGGGAACCAAAAUAAACAUACCAAGAAAGACCAGGAAAUCGACAAGGUGAAACCUGAAGUACAGCAAAAUCCAAAGACACAAGGGGAAACGGAAACGGAGGAGGGGAAACUACGAGCACUGCUGACCCACCAAAGGGCUCUGCUGCACGAGCUCCAGUUAAGGAUGGACGCCACGGAUACCCAGAUUAAAGAGCUGGAAGAGCGGCAGAGGGUUUGGCUGAACCGGGAGACGCUGGAGCGACUGAUGGAGGAGGACGAAGACGCAGACCAGCCUGAGUACUGGGAGAACGAGCUCCGAGCUGAGGAGGGCUACGAGAGAGACCUGCAGGAGCAGUUCCUGGAGAUGAAGGAAAAGGCCGCAGAGUGCAAGGCCAAGCUGGAGGAGUACAAACGCCGGCUGCAGGGGCUAGACCCAGCCAGGGGGACCAGGACUCUGCCUGGAGCAGAGGUGGUCGUGGACCCAGAGCAAGACUGCAGCAUAGGGGCACUGAAACCUGUUGCUCCAAGAUGGACACAGCCACACACCAGUACCCUCUGUACAGCAAUCCAGCAGGAUGAGAAGCUCCAGCAGACAAGAAAUUCAGCAUGGAAGGGGGCGGAGCGAGAGGAGAGGCCCACUGUGGCUUCCCAUCACCACCAAAUUCGGGUUUCCCCAUACAGGAUCACACACUCCCAGGCUAAGGGGGCCAGCCAGCUGCGGGAAUGGUGGUCCCGCUGGUCUGAGGCCCAGGCUCAGUCUGGACCCAAAGAGCCGGUCGUCCACCGCUCAGAGCUCACAAUACAACUCGGUAGCACCAGGGUCUGAGAAAUAUGAGGAGCUUCACUAGGAGCAGGAUAUAAAUCUGUCCACAGAAGUGAUUUUGUCCAGGACCACCAUUCUCCCUGUUUUUGUCUGAUGACCACAUCCAAGUAGAUGCUUUCAGCAGUUGCUGGUUGAUUUCUUGGUUACUUCCUUUCCUGAUGUAAACUCAGUUUCAUAAGUUUACCAACUGUGAACUGACCAAAAAUCCACAAAUACCUGUCCACAGCUGGCCCAGUUUGGAAUCAAAGAAUGAAUUUAUGUAAUAUGACAACCAUUUCAAAAUGGCAUUAGUCACUACAAUAUGUAUGUGUAUGUACACUUUUAACACUCAAAUGAAAGAUAAGCAAGUUGUGACAUAAAUACUGAAGUGUGUCAUGUGGUUAUGAGCGUCACUAGUCCUUCUUGAAAUGCAAAGAAGUGUGAUGACAUGUAUGAUGCAUGUUCACACUGUCUUAAAAAAAGGAGGGAACUGUUUUCCUAUUAACACACUAUUUGGGUUCCCUGUUCAAGGAGGUGCUUCACAGGGGUCCUGCUUUCCUGUAACGAAAUGAAUUGUCACCAUCUAAUAAAAGACCACAGAGCUUCUCAAUUUUCGUAAAACGUUUAUUUCAUUCAUUCAUGACCAUUAACAAAAGUACAUGGGAGAACCCCUGUGUGGUUCGACAGGAACCCAGUGUUCUCGAGAGUUUAAUUUUAACAGUAAUAACUCCAUGUGUCAGUAGAGGCACAGCAGAUACCCCUUCCAAUUCCUGUCCACCUCGCCUAAUUGAAAUCCUGAUUCUCGUAAUGAUUUUUGUACUUAAAUACUUUGUUUUAUAACUUUUGCUUUCUUAACUUAAGCAGUUAACAUCUUGUUUAUUUUUCUAUUUAUUGUUUUAUCAUGAUGUUGGAAUUUCCACUAAAAAAAAAAAAAAGCACACGUUACAUACAGUAUACUUCAACCCACAGGUACUGGGAUGCAAUCCUGCCUUAUUUCUACCCCCCAAAAAAAGCCAUCCUAGGAUUGUUCUUUAUAUUUUGGCGGUUGGCUGGGGAAAGGUACAUUACUUUUUUUGUAUUUUUUUUUAUUUUAUUUUGUUUAUAUGGUUUUUAGGCACCUUAUUUUUU